CGCCGCCCCGGGCGCCCCGGGGGCGCAGCUGAUCCUGAGCCGCCGCGGGGCGGGCGGCGCGGCUGGGGUCCCCGAUCCCGGGCUGGGGGACCGCACCGCCCCCGCGUCUGCAGCCUGGACCCCGCCGCCCGCCGAGCCCGCGCCCGGCUCCCUGCUCAGCGCCGACAUGGCCGAGAGCUGCUCGCCGCCCGCCUCUUCCGCUGUGGCCCUGGCCCCCGAGCCGGGAGCCACGGAGCAGCCGGGGCCCGGGAGCCCCCCUCCCUCCCCUCCGGGCCUGGAGGAGCCCCAGGAGGGAGCCAGCGCUGAUGUCCCCCACCCGGACCUGGCGCCCGUGGCCUUCUUCUGCCUGCGUCAGACCACCAGCCCCCGGAACUGGUGCAUCAAGAUGGUGUGUAACCCGUGGUUUGAAUGCGUCAGCAUGCUGGUCAUCCUGCUCAACUGCGUGACGCUCGGCAUGUACCAGCCGUGCGACGACAUGGACUGCCUGUCGGAGCGCUGCAAGAUCCUGCAGGUCUUCGACGACUUCAUCUUCAUCUUCUUCGCCAUGGAGAUGGUGCUCAAGAUGGUGGCCCUGGGCAUCUUCGGCAAGAAGUGCUACCUGGGGGACACGUGGAACCGCCUGGACUUCUUCAUCGUCAUGGCGGGGAUGGUGGAGUACUCGCUGGACCUGCAGAACAUCAACCUGUCGGCCAUCCGCACCGUGCGCGUCCUGAGGCCCCUCAAAGCCAUCAACCGCGUGCCCAGCAUGCGCAUCCUGGUGAACCUGCUGCUGGACACGCUGCCCAUGCUGGGGAACGUGCUGCUGCUCUGCUUCUUCGUCUUCUUCAUCUUCGGCAUCAUCGGCGUGCAGCUGUGGGCCGGCCUGCUGCGCAACCGCUGCUUCCUGGAGGAGAACUUCACCGUACAAGGGGACGUGGCCCUGCCCCCCUACUACCAGCCGGAGGAGGACGACGAGAUGCCCUUCAUCUGCUCGCUCUCGGGGGACAACGGCAUUGUGGGCUGCCACGAGAUCCCGCCGCUGCGGGAGCGGGGCCGCGAGUGCUGCCUGUCCAAGGACGACGUCUACGACCCCGGGGCCGCGCGCCCGGACCUCAACGCCAGCGGGCUCUGCGUCAACUGGAACCGCUACUACAACGUGUGCCGCACGGGCAGCGCCAACCCCCACAAGGGCGCCAUCAACUUCGACAACAUCGGCUACGCCUGGAUCGUCAUCUUCCAGGUGAUCACUCUGGAGGGCUGGGUGGAGAUCAUGUACUACGUGAUGGAUGCCCACUCCUUCUACAACUUCAUCUAUUUCAUCCUGCUCAUCAUAGUGGGCUCCUUCUUCAUGAUCAACCUGUGCCUCGUUGUCAUAGCGACCCAGUUCUCGGAGACCAAGCAGCGGGAGCACCGGCUGAUGCUGGAGCAGCGGCAGCGUUACCUGUCCUCCAGCACGGUGGCCAGCUACGCCGAGCCGGGCGACUGCUACGAGGAGAUCUUCCAGUACGUGUGCCACAUCCUGCGCAAGGCCAAGCGCCGCGCCCUGGGCCUCUACCAGGGCCUGCAGCGCCGGCGGGCCCCGGGCCCGGGGGGCCCCGCCGCCCCGCCCGCGCCCCACGCCACGGAGCCCAGGCACCUCAAGCCGUGCCCGGGACACAGCCCCCCGCGCCCGGCGCCCCCCAUGCUGAUGCAGCCCAUCUCUGCCAUGCUGGCCUCCGACCCCUCCGGAGGCCCCCGCUGCCAGCACAGCGCGGGUCACCGGCCCCCGGGCCUGGGCAGCACCGACUCGGGCCAGGAGGGCUGGGGCCUGGGGGGCUCCGGCGGGGGAGAGGACGAGGCCGACGGGGACGGGGCCUCCUCGGGGCUGGGGAAGGAGGACGAGGAGGAGCGGGCCGAGGGGGCCGGCUGGCUCUGCGGGGCCGUGUGGCGGGAGAUGCGCGCCAGGCUGCGAGGCAUCGUGGACAGCAAGUACUUCAACCGGGGCAUCAUGAUGGCCAUCCUGGUCAACACCGUCAGCAUGGGCAUCGAGCACCACGAGCAGCCCGAGGAGCUGACCAACGUCCUGGAGAUCUGCAACGUGGUCUUCACCAGCAUGUUCGCCCUGGAGAUGCUGCUGAAGCUGGCGGCCUUCGGGCUCUUCGACUACCUGCGCAACCCCUACAACAUCUUCGACAGCAUCAUCGUCAUCAUCAGCAUCUGGGAGAUCGUGGGGCAGGCGGACGGCGGGCUGUCCGUGCUGCGCACCUUCCGGCUGCUGCGGGUGCUGAAGCUGGUGCGCUUCAUGCCUGCGCUGCGGCGCCAGCUGGUGGUGCUCAUGAAGACCAUGGACAACGUGGCCACCUUCUGCAUGCUGCUCAUGCUCUUCAUCUUCAUCUUCAGCAUUCUCGGGAUGCACAUCUUUGGCUGCAAGUUCAGCCUCCGCACGGACACGGGAGACACCAUCCCGGACAGGAAGAACUUCGACUCCCUGCUGUGGGCCAUCGUCACGGUGUUCCAGAUCCUCACCCAGGAGGACUGGAACGUCGUCCUCUACAACGGCAUGGCCUCCACCUCACCCUGGGCCUCCCUCUACUUCGUGGCCCUCAUGACCUUCGGCAACUACGUGCUCUUCAACCUGCUGGUGGCCAUCCUGGUGGAGGGCUUCCAGGCGGAGGGUGACGCCAAUCGCUCCUACUCGGACGAGGACCAGAGUUCGUCCAGCCCUGACGAGUUUGACAAGCUGCAGGAGGGCCUGGACAGCCUCGGAGACCCCAAGCUGUGCCCGAUUCCUCUGACACCCAACGGGCACCUGGACCUCAGCCUCCCUCUGUGUGGCCACCUGGGCCCCGCCGGGCCCGCGGCCCCUGCCCGCCUGUCGCUGCAGCCGGACCCCAUGCUGGUGGCCCUGGGCUCCCGCAAGAGCAGCGUCAUGUCGCUGGGCAGGGUGAGCUACGACCAGCGCUCCCUGUCCAGCUCCCGGAGCUCCUGCUACGGGCCCUGGGGCCGCAGUGGGGCCUGGGCCAGCCGCCGCUCCAGCUGGAACAGCCUCAAGCACAGGCCGCCGUCCGCGGAGCACGAAGCCCUGCUGGCUGCCGAGCGCGGGGCCCGGGCCGGCGAGGGCGUCCGGGACGAGGGGCCGCCGCGGCCCGCGCCCCCGCACACCCCGCACGUCUGCCACGCCCACCCCGGCCCCCGCCCGGCCCCCCGCCACCACCUGCACCACCACCACCGCCGCCACCGCCGGACGCUGUCCCUGGACACCCGGGGCUCGCUGGACCUGGCCGAGCUGGGGCCCCCGGUGGGCCCCCGCCCCCGGGCGGCCUGGAGGGCGGCCGGCCUGGGCCCCGGGCACGAGGACUGCAAUGGCAGGAUGCCCCACCUCGCCAAGGAGGUCUUCACGCAGAUGGGGGGCCGCCGGGACCACGGGGAAGAUGAAGAGGAGGUGGACUACACCCUGUGCUUCCGGGUUCGCAAGAUGAUUGACGCGUACAAGCCGGACUGGUGCGAGCUGCGGGAGGACUGGUCCGUCUUCCUCUUCUCCCCGGAGAACAGGUUCCGGGUCCUGUGCCAGACCAUCAUCGCCCACAAGCUCUUCGACUACGUCGUCCUGGCCUUCAUCUUUCUCAACUGCAUCACCAUUGCCCUGGAGCGGCCCCAGAUCGAGGCCGGCAGCACUGAACGCAUAUUCCUCACCGUGUCCAACUACAUCUUCACGGCCAUCUUCGUGGGCGAGAUGACCCUCAAGGUGGUCUCGCUGGGCCUGUACUUCGGGGAGCAGGCGUACCUGCGCAGCAGCUGGAACGUGCUGGACGGCUUCCUGGUCUUCGUGUCCAUCAUCGACAUUGUGGUAUCCCUGGCCUCGGCCGGCGGCGCCAAGAUCCUGGGGGUCCUCCGGGUGCUGCGGCUCUUGCGCACCCUGCGGCCCCUGCGGGUCAUCAGCCGGGCCCCGGGCCUGAAGCUGGUGGUGGAGACGCUCAUCUCCUCCCUUAAGCCCAUCGGCAACAUCGUCCUCAUCUGCUGCGCCUUCUUCAUCAUCUUCGGCAUCCUGGGGGUGCAGCUCUUCAAGGGCAAGUUCUACCACUGUCUGGGCGUGGACACCCGCAACAUCACCAACCGCUCCGACUGCAUGGCCGCCAACUACCGCUGGGUCCAUCACAAGUACAACUUCGACAACCUGGGCCAGGCCCUGAUGUCCCUCUUCGUCCUGGCCUCCAAGGAUGGCUGGGUGAACAUCAUGUACAACGGUCUGGAUGCUGUCGCCGUGGACCAGCAGCCCGUGCCCAACCACAACCCCUGGAUGCUGCUCUACUUCAUCUCCUUCCUGCUCAUCGUCAGCUUCUUCGUGCUCAACAUGUUCGUGGGCGUGGUGGUGGAGAACUUCCACAAGUGCCGGCAGCACCAGGAGGCCGAGGAGGCGCGGCGCCGCGAGGAGAAGCGGCUGCGGCGCCUGGAGAAGAAGCGCCGGAAGGCCCAGAGGCUGCCCUACUACGCCACCUACUGCCCCACCCGGCUGCUCAUCCACUCCAUGUGCACCAGCCACUACCUGGACAUCUUCAUCACCUUCGUCAUCUGCCUCAACGUGGUCACCAUGUCCCUGGAACACUACAACCAGCCGAUGUCCCUGGAGAUAGCCCUCAAGUACUGCAACUACUUUUUCACCACCGUCUUUGUGCUGGAGGCCGUGCUGAAGCUGGUGGCAUUUGGUCUGCGGCGCUUCUUCAAGGACCGGUGGAACCAGCUGGACCUGGCCAUCGUGCUGCUGUCGGUCAUGGGCAUCACGCUGGAGGAGAUUGAGAUCAACGCAGCCCUGCCCAUCAACCCCACCAUCAUCCGCAUCAUGCGGGUUCUGCGCAUCGCCCGGGUGCUGAAGCUGCUGAAGAUGGCCACGGGCAUGCGGGCGCUGCUGGACACGGUGGUGCAGGCUCUGCCCCAGGUGGGCAACCUGGGCCUCCUCUUCAUGCUGCUCUUCUUCAUCUACGCCGCCCUGGGCGUGGAGCUCUUCGGGAAGCUGGUCUGCAACGAGGACAACCCGUGCGAGGGCAUGAGCCGGCACGCCACCUUCGAGAACUUCGGCAUGGCCUUCCUCACGCUCUUCCAGGUCUCCACUGGCGACAACUGGAACGGCAUCAUGAAGGACACGCUGCGGGACUGCACGCACGACGAGCGCAGCUGCCUGAGCAGCCUGCAGUUCGUGUCGCCGCUCUACUUCGUCAGCUUCGUGCUCACCGCCCAGUUCGUGCUCAUCAACGUGGUGGUGGCCGUGCUCAUGAAGCACCUGGACGACAGCAACAAGGAGGCCCAGGAGGACGCCGAGAUGGACGCCGAGCUGGAGCUGGAGAUGGCCCAAGGCCUGGGGCCCGGCCCGCGGCCGCCCGGCGGAGGGGGAGACCCCGAGGGCCCCCUGUGCCCGCACUGCUACUCUCCGGCCCAGGAGAACCUGUGGCUGGACAGCGUCUCUUUAAUCAUCAAGGACUCGGUGGAGGGGGAGCUGACCAUCAUCGACAACCUGUCGGGGUCCGUCUUCCACCACUACGCCUCCCCGGCCGGCUGCCGGGGCUGCCACGACAGGCAGGAGGUGCAGCUGGCCGAGACGGAAGCCUUCUCCCUGAACUCAGACAAGUCCUUGUCCAUCCUGCUGGGCGAUGACCUGAGUCUCGAGGACCCCCCAGCCUGCCCGCUCCGCCCUACGGACAGCAAGGGCGAGCCGGACCCGGCCGAGCCCAUCCGCGUGGGGGACCUGGGCGAGUGCUUCUUCCCCUUGUCCAACACGGCCGUCUCCGCGGGCCCGGAGAGCCUCCUGUGCGAGAUGGAGGCCGUCCCCUUCGGCCCCGUCCGCUCCUGGCUGAAGCACGAGGGCGGCCAAGCGGCACCUUCCAGCCCCUUCUCCCCGGAGGCCGCCAGCCCGCUGCUGCCCAUGCCCUCCGAGUUCUUCCAUCCCGCCGUGUCCUCCGGCCAGAAGGGGCCGGAGAGGGGCGCUGGGGCCGGGGCCCUCCCCAAGAUCGCCCUGCAGGGCUCCUGGGCGUCCCUGCGGUCACCCAGCGUCAACUGCACCCUCCUCCGGCAGGCCACCGGGAGCGACACGUCGCUGGAGGCCAGCCGCAGCAGCUCGGCGGGCAGCCUGCAGACCACGCUGGAGGACAGCCUGACGCUGAGCGACAGCCCCCGGCGCGCCCUGGGGCCGCCCGCCCCCGCCCCGGGCCCGCGGGCCGGCCUGUCCCCCGCCUCCGGCCGCGGGAGCCUGCGGGGCCGCGGCCCGGCCGGCCGGCGCGGGCUGGGGUUGCACCAGCGCAGCCACAGCAGCGGCGGCUCCACCAGCCCGGGCUGCACGCACCACGACUCCAUGGACCCCUCGGACGAGGAGGGCGCGGGGGGCCGGGGCGCGGGCGGCGGGGGCGGGGGCAGCGAGCACUCGGAGACGCUCAGCAGCCUCUCGCUCACCUCGCUCUUCUGCCCGCCGCCCGCGCCCUCGGGGCUGCCGCCCGCCAGGAGGUUCAGCAGCACCAGCAGCCUGGCCGCCGGCCCCACCGGCCGCCCCCGCGGCCCCGGGCCCCUCGGCGGCCUGGCCCGGAGCCCCUCCUGGGCCGCCGAUCACGGCAAGGACCCCCGGGGCCCCGCCCGGCCCCCCGGGGAGCUGCAGCCCGCCGACGCCGCCAGCAAGAGGAAGAGAUGAGGGCCGCGGGGCCCAGCCCUCCGUCUCACCGGUUACCUCAGGGGCCAGGGGCAGACAGCGGUACUGGUCCCAGCCUGGACUCCGUCCGCAGGGGGCCCCCAGUGUCCGGCCACCCGGCGCCCCGGAGCCAGUCUGGGUGGGCU